CUUUUGCGCCGAGAAGCUAAAGUAAGAAGUACUCAAUAAGAGCCACAAUUUUGAAGACGGAUAUAAUAAAUAACCUAAAGACGUUUGUUAAUACUUAAAACUUUUCUUUGCAAGUGAAAUAAAGUUGAGAAAAUAUCCUUUAAAAAUGAAAGUUAAGACCAGAUUACAACUCUAUUUUGCAUUAGUUGUUGCUACACUAUCAUCCAUUCUUUGUAUUCUUGUUUGGUCUGUAGGAGGUGGACGAUGGGGCUUAAUGUGCUUACUCUUAACCCCCUUUCUCGUUUGUUCAGUAAAUGCUCAUAUCAUUCUAAGAUCGUGCUGUGGUAAGAAGUUUGAAUCUUUUAUUGAGUCUAACGUUGAUGUGGACUCGCAGUAUGUCGAUGAGGAGGGAGUUGAGGUUGAAGUAUACGAUAGCGAUGCUCAUGAUGGACCAAUGGAAGGAAUUGAAAACGAUAAGCCACUUGAUGAAGAAGAAAUGUUGGGGGAAUCCGAAGAUAUCGCUGAUAACAAUAAUUGCAAUUGCCACUGUCACUGUGAAAGUGAAAUGGAAAUAUGUGAAGAGGCUCGUGAAGAAGGAAUGGAAUUAACUGAAGAGGAUAUUUUUGAGGAGAAGACAGAGCUGAAGGAGCCUACGGACAUAGAAGAAAUGGAAACUAGUGAGGAAGAAGAGCCUACUGAAGAACAGCACAUGUUAUCAGCGAUAUUGGAGGAGAGACCAGAGCAUAUUGGCCGUAUGAAAUCAAUUGGUCCGAUGAAGCGAAAGAAGAAGAGUUGGCGACAGGCUAAUUUAGCAAAGCUUGAUAUGACCAUGGCAUCUAGAAUAGGAACCCAAUCGUUAGCUUCUCAGUAUCUGGAUUUGGAGACACCAGACGCCCAACGUGUAAUUAGACCAUUUCAUCAAAUGGCCGAUUAUAAUAUGCAUAAUAGUGUUUAAAAUAUCUUGAUGAUUAACGUUUAUGUAUAUGGUUGCGCUUGCAUUUAGGAGUCGAAUGAUUAUAUUUCUAAUCUAUUUGAUUUCCUUGCUAAUUUCAUAAAUGCUAUCACUAAGUUAUCAUUUAGCUACCGCUGCAUUUUUAUACGAUAAAUUUAGAAACGUAUCUUUAGUUUGUUACAUUUUAUAUUUAAAAUUUGGUCGAAUGGUCGAACGCACUACGUUGGUUGAUUGGUUUUCCUUUUUUGCGAAUAGAGAGAGAGC